GAAGCUGGUGUGCCUCGAUAACUGCGACAAAUAAAAAAAUUGUGAACUGGUGGGAAAAGCUAUCAGUUAAUAACGAUCACGGUCGGUCAUACUUUUGGUAUUGACGAGAUUGGGUUGUCGAUUAGACUGGUUCAAACAUUUCAUCACAAACAGUUUCGGCAAUUCGUCUUGACACUUGAAAUGCACAUAUGAAAUUUAAGUAGCCGGAAAAUCUCUACAAUCAAGAAUGUCUAUCGAAGACGCAAACAGUAAUCCCACAGCAGCUAGCGCUGGCUCGUGCAGCACCGCCCAAGAUGUUCUCGACGAGAUUAAAAGCUGGAUUCAGUCUAACGAUUCCGCUAAAUUUUACGGCUAUGCCGUUGCUCACAUUAAAUCAAAAGUGAAGCGUGACCUGUUUUGUUUGGAAGCAACUUGGGUGGAGAGGCAGUACGUCAAAAUCGUACUGGAAAUGUGGUUGCGAGAGAGUUUAGAAAGAUCAUUUCAAUACCUAGAGGAUGAAGCAACAGACAUAAGUACGGAAAUGUCCGUCAUUUUGGACGAAUUGAAUUCAAUUAACUGCUUCGAAGAUAUUCGUUCGAAACUCAACGGAGCGACAUCAAGACUGAAAUAUUGGUGCGACGGAGGUCCAUUACAUGAGUCACCACAUUUCAAGUGUCAAUAUCUUCAGUUGAUACUUGAGCAGAGGGAUCUGUUUAGUACCAUGCCCCGUUUCGUUAUUCUUGUUUGCAGCUAUUUGAAACAAUUCAAGACUUUGAGCAUAGAGAAAAUAUUUGCCCGGUGCCUGAACGACAUCGCCAAAGAGGAAACCAGCGAAGAGAAAAACCUCAAUUUCAUUUUCGCUUUGAACGAGCUCUUCCGAGUCGCCGAUGAAGACAUCAGGGUACAAAACAUUUUGGAAGCCAACAUUUCCGAAAACUACGUUACGGACGGAUGGCAAAAAGGGGACCAAACUGGGCCAGAUUUCGUCAACCAUUUGGUGGAAAUUAUUGCAAUGAGUAGCGAGGCCAUAGGAAAGAAAUUGCCUCAAUGGUUUGCUCUUCUGCAAUCAGACAAACAAUGGACGCCGAAAGUGCAGUUGUUGACCAAAGAGUUUUGCAAGAAAUUCUUGUUACCAAUGACAACCGAAAUCAAAGUUAAAGAAGAGGAAGGAAGAAAAAUCAUUUUCGUUUACGGGAUCGCCGUUUUUAUCAGUAAAAUUAUACAGGAAAUGUUGAAACUUAACCGCGAUCAUCCUGGCGUACAGGAAAUCCAAAUUGUUGGACUGACAUCCGUUCACGUCGACUGCGAUUUGGAAUUCAAGGAUUGGCACGGAAUAAAUGUGGGCAUUGUCACCCACAAUCUGUACGUCGACCGCGAUGACAUUUUGUGGGAUGUCUCUGGCAAAAACGGAAACGAAACGGCGGGGGAAAUCGGCCAACCAGGUGAGAGCGGCGGAAAUGUGCACAUUAUUUGCAGCGAGAUGAUUAAGGCCGAACAAUGGACGAUAGCAAGUGACGGGGGUGACGGAAGUGACGGGCUCAACGGCGGCGACGGUCAAAUUGGAUCAGAUGGAAAAAUUGCUCGCAAAUGGUCGGAAGAAAAUUUCAUAAAAUCUUUCCCGUCAAUGUCGACAUUUGAUACGGGUGAAAAUACUGAACCUUAUUCCAAAAAUGCAGUAAAAACUGUUCUAAAUACGCUAGAAACAAUUCUACCAAAACAGAAUCGAACACACAAAAGUACUAACAUCGAACCAGAACACUGCGGUAGUUUUUUCGUGGAAGGGACUGCAGGUGAUGGCAGAAGAAUCACGGCAUCGUAUUAUCAAUCAAAGACAAAACGACAAACGCUCAUUUUGUGCAAAGGAAGUAAAGUCGGAUCAGGUGGGUAUGGCGGUACCAUAACCUACGAAUUUGUGGAUGCCGGAGGAGAACCAAUCGGCGUGCCGUUUGUCGGCAAAGAAAAGCGCGAAGCAACGGCUGUACGGAUGGACGUGUAUGAGACAAAGGGUUCUGAUGGCAGAAUGGGAGAACUGGCCGGGGAUGUCGGUUUCAUCCACAACCUCGACACAUCAGCGGCAUCCGCCAUGGAUAACUUGGAGGGACGUUUUAUUGGCUUCCAAAACGAAGUAAGUUUGGAAAUCAAAUUCAGUAAAACCAAACCUACAAGAGAGCAGUGUGAUCCUGAACCCAACACAUUUGCCAAAUUAAGUAAGGAAAAAUACGCGUCAAUUGACCCUUGCAAACCUCGCAAUUUCUAUGAGACACAGUCACUGCGUUCGAAAAUAAAGGUUGUAAAAAAGAAGGCCAUCAUCCACCAAAGUCUGGCUCAACACCUCGCCCCAAUAAACGAACGGAAGCAGAUGACCCAAUCCUUCCAGGCGAUGUUUUGUAACCCGAAGGAACACGAAACGAGUAACAUUGAAGAAAUGAUUAAACAAACAGAAACGAAAGAGGCCCAACUCCAUCAGCUAACGUCCCAGUCUAGUUUACGAAUGGAGAAAAUUGGAACCACACGAUACGUCAAACCAGCUUUAAAGAAAACGCACAUUGACUUCAACCACGACACUAAUUAUUUGCCUAAUCAAAAGUCGAUUGGACGCCGUCCUGUUGAUUCCCGGUCGGAACUACCAGUAGAUGUUCGGUGUCUCGAUUUACUACCAACGGUAGGCGGCGUCGACAGUGCUCUCAACAGCAUAUUUGGACGACUGAAUUCAGACGGCUUCUACUUGUGCAAUAAUACAAGAACAUUCCGCCAUCGUCUCGCCCAGUUCGUUAGAGAUUUAAAAAAUAAAACGGAAGUCUUGGCGCUGGUCGGGCAGUUUGUGCUUCGCAUGAAAAAUGUCCAUCAAUUGGAUUUCCCCAUUGCCUGUGACAUAAAACAGACAUACAUUGAACAUCUACAAAAGACUGGCGAGAAUAAUCCAUUCAACUGGGAGGAAGUGAUCAAGGUAGAAGAAUUGUUUCAAGAAUACGCCAAAUUCAUCGAGUUGCCUUCAAGUGCACUAGACUCGGCCGAACUGAAGUUGCUGGCGCAGAUACACGCAAUAGCAAUCAACGUGUACGAGGAUCAAUUAUAUUCGUUCAAAUUUAAGGAAACCUUCAACCCUGAGAACAAAAGCAAGCAUUUCGUUCUUUACGAAGGGGGCGGUGAAUGGAGGCGUCUCGAAGCCAAUCAGAAUCUGCAGUAUUUCUGUACGUAUAUUGAUGAAAGCUUGUUUGAAUGUUCAUCCAUCCAAAAUGAAUCCUACCAAAAUUUGAUAAAGUGGGUUGAAAAAAACUGCACAGACCAACAAAUCAUCACGUCAAUCAAGAAGCUCAAUCCUGAAUAUGGUGAAACACCAGACGAAUUAUUUAAAAUUUUGAUUUUCCAAAAUUCGAUACCGAUUGGACAGUCUCAGGGCUUUUUAGAGAAGGAAGACAAAACCGAAAAACUAGCACCGGAUCUUUGUUUGUUAUCCGAGUGGGUAUUAGAAUACAACCGCCGAAAUGUAAGCCCCAUCUUCUAUUUGCAAAUAGCCAAAGAAUAUGCACCAAGCCAAUGGAAAUACGAAUUUGUUCUUCUGGAAUUACAAGCACUAUUGGAAAAGGUUCCUCGUGAUGCAAAAAUAAUAGAUUGGCAGAAAAAGAUGUUUUACUGCCUGAAAAAGUUUGACGAACGAAUGCCAUUUGUGUUUACUUUGCUUCGCAAACAUCUUGCUUCAACCGACCUCUGUUUUAAAAAUGAGCCGGAAAAAUUGCUACGCCUUUUACAGAUGUUAGGAGAGGAAUCUGAUGGUUACGAAGCGGGCACUAUAAGUGAACACCAAUGGUCAGAGCUUCCCCUAAAUGACUGGCUUUACGAACUGAGAAACAGUGUGUGGCAAACCAAAAUUAAUCAGUUAUCCGUUACUGAAAGAAACACUGAAAAAGAAACUAAGAGACUUAAGAAAGAACUAGUCUUCAUGUUAUUGGAACUAGAAUACAAAAAUGGAGAAAAGUUUUGCAACGAUUUAAUAAACGGAAUUACAAGCUUGGAGACAGCCGCAAAUAAGCUGCAAAACAUUCUAUAUCCGGGCAGGAGGUCGCAAACGGGAUCAGACCAAAUGUCGAGACAGAUAAAUGUAGUAGAGAUUAUAUCCACAAUGAAGACAAAUAUGCCACAAAAUAAAAAUUUCCCUGGAAACUAUUCAAACGUGCUGGAAGAUGUAAAAGAUAAAGUGAUGGAGUCGAAAUCAGAAGUCAACUCCACGCUCGACAACAAGAGCACACAGAAGUUGAUGAAAGCUUGGCAGAAAAACGGUUUGGAACUGAAAAAUAAUGCCGAGCUAGCUCAAUUUCUCUCCGUCUACGAUUACGCCGUCCAGCAAACAUGUACGAAAAAAGGAGACGAAGAAAAGUUCCGGCUACGUGACACCCAGAGAGUGACGAUAACGACAUUGAUAACGUCGCUAUUAACAUCAAAACAUAAAAAGAAAGCCUCGUUUACUCAAGUGUCAACUGGUGAGGGGAAAUCUCUUAUCGUCGCUGGUGUUGCAAUUGCGUUAGCUCUGUCACGAAAUGACGAGGACUUGGUUGAAAACAAUAAGGUUCCCGGAAAUAAGAAAAUAGACAUCAUUACCAGCAACGACGUGUUGGCCCUUCGUGAUUCCAACUUGUUAUUCACCGAUGGUGGGCUCAAAGAUCUCUACGAGUAUUUCAAUAUCACCGUAGCCAACAAUUGCAGUCAAUCAGUUGACAAACGAACUCAAGCCUACAAUGCGACUGUCGUUUAUGGAAAACUUGCCAAUUUUCAGCGCGAUUAUUUGUUGGAUGAAUUUUAUGACACUAAUAUUCGCAACGACAGAACGAUGGAUUUAGUGAUUGUCGACGAAGUAGAUUGCAUGUUGUUGGACCGUGGAAACAACACUCUCUAUCUGUCCCAUGACAUUCCUGGCAUGGAGAUGUUGGAGUCCUUGUAUGUGUUUGUUUGGGAAAAGAUAAUGCACGCGUCAAUCGUAGAAUCAGAUAAACCGACGAUGAAGAAAUCAAUUCAAGCCGCUGUUCUGUACGAUCUACACGGAACUAUAACAAAGGACGAUUUAGACUCGAUUGACGGUUCACUUAAAGAUCAGCCGUCGGAAAAGAAUGCGCUGUGGAAUCAUCUUAUUGAUACAAAAGUCAUCGAUUCGCACGGACGCCUGCUGAUAAUUAAGGAUGAAAUUAACAAGAUAAGCUAUCGAAUGGAUCUGAAUCCCAAGAUCGCCUUUUAUUUCGGCAACGUAAUGGAACGCGAGCGUUGCAUCAGAAUACCCAAUCAUCUGAUGAAUUUUGUCGAUCGCCACCUGGAUUCCUGGCUCGAUAAUGCACUGCAGGCCCUGGAACUCAAACGGGACGAGGACUACGUCGUCGAUCAAGACCGGACGGAUACGAGUCCGGAUCUAAAUCCGCAAGUGAUUAUUAUCGAUCAGGACACGGGAACUGACCAGAUCUCUUCCCAGUGGGACGGAGCCCUUCACCAGUUUAUUCAGCUCAAAGAAGGCUGUAAGUUAACGCAUCAGAGUCUUAAAGCCAUUUUUAUUUCUAACGCGACUUACAUCCAGAAAUAUAAAAAAAUAGCAGGAGCGUCGGGUACGCUGGGCUCCGAAACCGAACGAGAUUUCAUGGAGAAGAAAUACAAGUGUUUCUUUUUUACCAUUCCAACGGCUUUUGUUAAAAACUUUUACGUGAAACCUACAAAAGUUUUUAAAUCAAAGUGCAGUUGGCUCCAAGCGAUUACCAAAGAAGCCAAAAAGACGGUACUUCCUGAAGAAGGGGACAAGGUUAGAUCCCUCGUUAUCUUUUGCCAAUCCAUAAAAGAUGCAAAUACAGUUCACCAUCACCUAAAAGCUGCUUUGGCAUCCGAAAUUGGUUCCAGCAGCCACAUCCAUUGCUACACACGCGAUUACGAGAAAUUUGUUUUCGAAAGCCAGUCACUUCAAGUCGGACACGUAAUCAUCGCCACCAACUUGGCCGGAAGAGGCACGGAUAUUAAAAUCAGCAAUCAACUGAGAGACAACGGAGGUCUACAUGUUUGUCUAACUUUUCUACCAAAGAACGAGCGGAUUGAGGAACAAGCGAUGGGACGCGCAGGUAGAAAUGGAGCACCUGGAAGCGGAGUCUUUCUCUUAUGCGACGAAACUUCAUCCGCAGACGGAGUAAAGUGGGGAGCUGGGAAAUUUUUAACCUUGAAGGAAGAGCGUAAACGUUGGGAACUGCAACGAAUAUCCCGUCUAAAAGAUGAUUUCAGAACCAUAGAACGUGAAGAAGUGUUUUAUGAGGACAUAUCACAGCGUUAUAGAGAACUAAAAAUUCAACUGACAGAGAAAAAAUGUCAAGAUCAAGAAAUUCAGUCCAUUUGCAACAGUGUCCUGGAUAAAUGGGCUUUGUGGCUAGACGAAACCAUCGAGUACUUGGAAUUGUCAUAUUCCUACUACAUGAGUGACUUUGAAAAAGUUUUUCUUCCCAGAUUUGAGCUGCCCGACAAUGAUUUGACAGACAUCAGCUGGAUGACGCCAGUUCGUUCUAUUGCAUUGGGCAAAUAUUUUGCCACUCACAAAACAACGAAAUCGAAUCUCUCAACAGCAGGUGAUAUUUUUGAUCGACUCAUCAAGUCAAGCGACAGUUUUUGGUAUCCGGCUGCUUAUUACUACCGCGCUUUUAUUUUCCUGAAGGAAAAUUUGCUGGAGAACAAACCCAAAUUUAUUCGAACUUUGCGAAUCUGCGAGACUAUUCUUAACGAGAACAUUGACAUGCAAUUGAAUUUCUAUCGCAAGGUCAAACAAUCAACGGCGAUAUCUACCCAAAACUUUUCCUUUUGCAUUGUCGAGGCUUACCAGCAACAAAAGGACAACACCAUAAAACUUUUGGAAUAUUUCAUUGGUUCCAGUCGGUCCUUGCUUGGUAGUCACUCUUGUUUAGUUACGGAUUUAGAAAAAGACGCAAGCGAACCCCCCAAAAAGCCAGGAACUAUUAAAAAAAUUAUAAAAAAGGCCGAAACAUUUUUAGAAAAAAAGUUUAAAAGCAAUUUCAGACCGUUCGAAAAAACAAGAAAAGUGGAAACCAAAAUUCAUAAAAUCUGUCCCAAUAAAGUGGAUAAAUUGUUUCAAUCUUUGUUCGAAUAUAAAUGCCUCGUCUGCCAGUUGAACGACUUCGACACGGCACCAAACCGAAGCGCUGACAUUCAGCGAGUAGCUAACGACUACUGCAUCAGCGUCUCGCUCGAAAAUGAACUCGAGUCCAUUUUCGCCAAGAAUCUGAGUGAGGAGAACAUCGAGAAGGAACUGAAAACCAUUAAACCGGAUUUGAUUCCGUGUACCAGGAAAACAUUCUGGAAUAAACUCAAAGAAGACGGUGCACUACUUGUUCUAAAAAUGGGAUUAUGUCCAGACAUGAAAUGCGUCAUCAUGCUAGAAUCUGAAUGUGAUUUAGAACCAAAAUUUAAUCGAGAAGAGGCCAUCAACAUCGACUUUGGAUCCAGCGGAUACGUGCUAUAUAAUCCAACAUAUGCCACAAGAAACGAUUUGCUGGAACAAAAAAAGAUCAUGUUUCGUAAAUCAUACAUUAAAGGUUUACUUCUGGGGAAAAGCUAUCAAGAGUAUCGCCAAAGAAAAGAAAAAUUCGAAUUCAAUCAAAUCGCCCGAAUUGAUUUCGAUAAACUCAUAACCGUCAACCUGACAUCGUUCGGCCGAUUGGGGAUGGAUGACUUUUGUCGCGUUAAUAUCAUCCCAGCAGAACGCGAUGGGAUUUGGACGGCUUUGAUCAGCCAACAAAUCAUUGACGAACAUGGCAAUCUGUCAUUGGAAUACGCGGCCCAAAAAUUCAACUAUCCCAGUUGCCCUGCUUACGAAGAAGCUGUCAUGCGUCUGUUGGGGAGAACGUUCGUUGCCGAAAUCGUCAGACGUCAUUGGCUCAAGUCACAAGAAGAUCCGCGUUUUCUCAAAUCUAUCAACUUAUUGCCUUUGAAACCCUAUCGAGACAUGUUGGCUGAUUUGAUGUCUGCCCACGUCAUCUCUGGCGCUCGGGUCACAGAUGAUACAAACAUCAAUUUAGAGGAUGAAGUAAACAAAAUCAAAGGUGAGGACGAAGAAGCGCAUAAAUGCAUUGUGGAUUUCCUUGAAAAACGCCAAGCUAUUUAUGCUGCGCCCAGGAUGAAAGAGUACGAUGUAGUACUCAAUUUAAUCGAACGAGACAUCCGCAUGAUUGCCGACAUGAACAACAUUUCCUCCGAACUUUAUGAUUUUGGCCUGGUAGGAUUUAAUCAUGUCGUCAAUGUUAAAGAUCGAGAAAGGUCUUGGAAAAAUGUUUGCAUGGCGUCACUGAUAUCAACACUCGUCAUUGCCGGUGGUGGCACAUCCUUGGGAGUCGGAGCUUUUCUCGUUUACAGUAAAAUACUAAGUUUUGGAUUUUGCAAAGAUUUACUUUUCAUGGGAGGUCUGUCUGAUAUAUUGUACGCUGUUACGACCAUCUUGACGCGCAGUCACUUUACAUGGGCCGAUUAUGGCCGCCAAAGAAUAAGAAGUGUCAUGGGAAAAGCGGAGCCCAUAGAUAUGAUCAAAAUCAUUUGGAAAGUAUUCGAUUCUUCUGAAAAAACCGACGAAGAACUAAGGAAUGUAAUCAGGAAAGCCGCUCAUUCGGUGAGAUGGAGGCGAAAAGGCCAAACCGAAUUAAUGGCUCUAAAUGAACCAUUAUUAGAGACCGCAAUUACCCAACUUGGAGUGAUCAACAAAAAAAAUGAGUUUUCCUUCCACAGCCGGCUACAUUCUCAAUGUCUUCUCCUUUGUGACUUUCUAAAAGCGCAAAUCAACAAAAUCAUUGACAAAAACUCUGUCGAAAUUAAGGAAACGUUGGCCCAACUCUAUCGUUUGCAAGGAAAAGAUAAAGCACGACUUUUGACUGAUGAGAAAAUAAAAGCUAUCGUAACUAACUGGUUUGAAGACGGAUGCGAUUGGGUCUCGGAAGUGGAAGCUACUAUCAUGUCUAAAGUCGUCGAGAAUGGCAGAAGUCGAGAAACGGGAAGUUCAAUACUCAACAACGUGUCCAAUUCCGAUAUUCAAUCCAUUGAACAAAUAUUGGAAGAUUUAGAUACGAGAAUGUGGAUGGUGUGCAAGACUUCGACGCACUUGCACACAUUCAUCUUGGAACUAAAGAACGAUAACCUUGCCCAGUCAUCGACAGCUGACGACACUGACGUUGAAGAAAAUAAGCGUUUUCAAAAAAGAGCGAUGACUGAUUUGAAAUGUGAACUGGCCAGAAAAGCGGAAAAUGUGGUAGAAAUAUUGGCUCAAAAAGUACAUCAAUUCACCUCUGACCAUAUCACACAACUAGCGAAAAAUAAUCCCAAACUAUAUGCCGCUUUCCUGUAGUACGUCUAGAAUCGACAAUUUUAAAUGUUGGCUUACCUCAGAAUCCAUGAUGAGGGUAGAAUCAUUCUGAAGCAAUCCAAUUUUUCUGUCUCUGUAGCAACACAGCAACAGUCUUUACUGCAUUUACUCUAAUAAAAAUUACAGAAAUCUGUUAGAUAUUCAAAUAAAUUAUUUUUUUUUUAUUACUCUG